UGCGCACCGAGCGCGUCAUUUACGUGAUUGCGUCACUGCGGUGGGCGUGGGCAGCCGCGGAGCUGUGAUCGGGACCAACACGGAAGUAGCGGAGGGCGAAUGUCAACAAAAAGAAAAGACGGAAAAAAAGAUUUAAUCACCUCACACUUCAGACUGUUUGACUCUGAUGUCCUGUGCUAUGGGGAAGUUAAUGGAACCAUGAAGGAUUUCUGCCAUGGAGAGUGAUUUAUUUUUACAUGUAAGAUAGAAACAUUUUAGAUCUCUGUAGGAGGAAAUGAGGAUCAACAUGGAUGCCCCCUACAGCCUGUGGAUUUUUAGCUUAUUAUUUGUAACAGUCCACUGCAAUCUGGAGCUGGCCUCCAGUUCAGCACAAUGUGCCAAAUCAACAAAAAUACUACACGCAAGACAAGGAGAAAUUCGUGGUUCCGCCCGCCAUGGCCCUCCCGGCCCUGCUAACUGCAGCUGGGUAAUCACAUCCCCUGUGGGAGAGCGUGUGAUUAUCAGUUUCUCUGAGUUUUUCUUUAGAUGUGACUCGAGCUGGCUAAGCCUGACAACUGUUACAGGUCGGCCCGUGUCGCUUUGUGGAUACCAGCUGCCUAAGCCAAUGGAGUUCUACGAGGGAAAUAUUACAGUGACUCAGCACUUUGUCUCACAAUUCCACUCAGUUUCAGGGUUCCUCCUGUCCUACAUUAAAGACACUGGUCCUUGUUACCCUGGUGAGUUUGAGUGUUACAGUGAGCGCUGUCUUCCCAUGUCCUGGCGCUGCAAUGGUCAGGUUGAGUGCCUUGGGGACGCUGACGAGCUCGGCUCAGACGAGGAGGAAUGUGACCCUGGUGAACAUCAACCUCAGUUGGACAAUGAGCCGUCACCAAUCCCGACUGAAAUUUCAGCAAGCUCAGCUGUUAACCCUAACAUGGAGAUGGGACCGCUGUCGCCUGUUGAACCUGUUCUUUCCUCUUCAGUCCCUGGUGGACCCUGUGGGGGGUAUCUCCAGGCCUUUUAUGGUUCUUUUGUGCCCCCUUUGCUGAUGGGGGAAGCAAUGGAGUGUGUGUGGACAGUAGACCCACAGGACUCCCGGACUCUUAAGUUGGAGCUUCAGCAGUUGGCACUUGGCCAUAGAGAUGUCCUUAUCAUCACUGACCAGCCUGCUGGGGGUGGCAAUGUUAUUAAAAAUGUCACAUCUUCAUCCAAUUACAAAACAGUAGAAGUGGAGUCCCCUACUGGUCUACUGUCACUAACCUAUCGUGCACAGGAGGCCUCAGAGGGGCGGGGUUUCAAUGCCACAUACCGCAUUGCUGAUUACUGUCUGCCCUGGGAAGGUCUUUGUAAGGGCUCAGAGGGGGGCUGCUACACACCAAAGCAGCACUGUGAUGGUCACUGGGACUGUGCAGAGACGGGACUGGACGAGGAUGGCUGUGGCGGAUGCCCGGCUGGCUACUUUCCCUGUGGGACACUGCAGAAGAUGGGCCACCUUGUCGGCCGGCCUUCCUGCUAUUCCUUUAAAGACAGGUGCAACUACCAGCUGAACUGCGCUGAUGGGAGUGACGAGAGAGAGUGCAAAGUGUGUCAGCCUGGUACAUUUCAUUGCGACAGUGAGAGGUGUGUGUUCGAGAGCUGGCGCUGUGACGGACAGGUCGAUUGUAAGGAUGGCACUGAUGAACAAAACUGCACUAUGACUCUGCCUCGAAAAGUGAUCACUGCGGCCACCGUGGGCAGCCUAGUGUGUGGUCUGCUGCUGGUCAUUGCAAUGGGGUGCACCUGCAAACUGUACUCACUUCGCACUCGAGAAUACAGUUUGUUUGCCCCAAUCAGCCGCCAGGAGGCGGAGUUUAUCCAGCAACAAGCGCCACCUUCCUAUGGCCAGCUGAUUGCUCAGGGAAUUAUUCCUCCUGUAGAGGAUUUUCCUACUGAAAACCCCAAUGAGCCCACCUCCCUUUCUCUGAGAGGACUGCUUCAGCUUAUCAGGCAGGACAACAUCUCCUCCCCUCGGCGAAGACGCCGGCCACGGUUUGUCCGCCGAGCAAUCCGCCGCUUGCGUAGGUGGGGUCUAAUUUCCAGACCAACCUCUAGGUCUACCCAGACCACGAGCUCCAACUCUCAACAAACAGAAGCAGCUUCAACAGACCAGGAGUCCAGACAGUCCGGGCCUCCAGGCUCAGCGGUGGCCAGAGAAACCACUGAUCAGCCUUUGCCACAAAAAUUGAGGCUGUCCCAACAAACAGAGCAAGAACAACAAGCAGAUGCACCUCCUUCUCUUUCUUCACCCACUCCACUUUCUCCUCCAGUACCUUCUGUUUCACUUCCCACAACUCCACCUUCCCUUCAGCCAGCAGAUGCCCCAGAAGCACGUCAGACCCCACCAGUCGCUGUUGCCCCCAGCAGCCCCUCCCUUGCCUCUCUCUUCCAUUCUCUGGGGCUAAGUAUCUCUCGUUUCAGACAUUCGCCUUCCCCUACGGCACUUACUCUCUCAUCUUCCCCAUCUUUCUCCACCUCUUCCUCAGAAGACGAAGUGCUACUGAUCCCACUUUCUGAUGACACGACCUCUGAGGAUGAUGUGCCCAUGCUGACCUGAAAUGAACCACACUCUCUUUCACUUUUUUUUGUCUUUCACAAUUUUCACCCCUGAAUUUUCACCUCUAAAUUAUGGUCUCAGCAUGUGAGCGGCAUCGUGUCUGCAGUCUGUGCUGGCAAGGUGCCUUAUUUCACACGAAUAGGUUCAUUCUCCUGAUUUAAAUGUUUUAAGUAUUGGACAAAUGCUUAAAAAAGGUUUAGUCUCUGUGCUUUGCUCGAUGUGCACUUACUCAGAGAUUGUGUGUGGUGGAACAAAAAUGUUGCACAGAAAACUUUCCUUGGCGUUAAUGAGUGUGUUCACAUGCAUAAACUAAUGUCAUGUUAUUGCAGCAUUGUUUUGGUUUCUUGUUCAUCUAUUUUUUUAAUCAUAUAGAUUAAAUAAGUUAUUUUUUUUAAAUUUUAACCCAUAAGGCUGUUAUUUAGAGUAUACUUUUAAUUAAUGAAAUAAGGCCUGUUAACUAAACAUGGAGUAUUAUGUGAAAUUUGCAACAAUAUGAACUUCCAGCUAAUAACACAUCGACUCGUAAUUAAUGACUUUUGCAGGCCCGGUGCUCAUUUUCAGAUUACACACAUCAUAAACGCAGAUGUUCUCCUUCUCAAUGAUCAGAUUACUUUAAACAUGUAAACAGACUCAUUAAAAUGGUAUCCUGUGUCUUACCCUGGCAAAAUAUACAGCACUGUGCUACAAAUAUCCAGGCUAUUGUUUUAUUUCUUUUUCCACAGUUAGUCAGCCCCUGUAUGUAUGUAUAUAUGUGCGUGUAUGUGUGUGUCAUACUGCUAUACACAUGGCUGUGUGUAUCCUUUAGAAGUGCCUUUGAUAGAGCUUCCUAUAGAUCACUAGACACAAUGUGACUGUAAGUACUUGGACAUGAAGGCCAAACACACACAUGCAAAACUUUACGCCUCAGCUUGAUUUUCAAUUUACUUAGUCAUGCGCACUUGUUGCAUGGCAAGGGUGUGUGUGUGUGUGUGUGUGUGUGUGUGUGUGUGUGUGUGUGUGUGUGUGUGUGUGUGUGUGUGUGUGUGUGUGUGUAAUCACUCAGUUGAGACAAUCCUCCUUGUGCCUGAGGCAGUUGUUCGCACCACCAAACCUGAAUUACUUCACAUGUUGCUUUAACGACAGUUUUAAACAUUUCCUCUUCUAAUUUGAGCUUUUGCUGAGUAAAAAGUGAAAGAAACAUGAGUGCCAUAACUAUAAUCAUCUUUUGCACUUGCUUUUAUGAAUCUUUUUUUUUUUCUUCCCUUUUUUCUUUGCCAUGUGGAUAUUUUUAUUACUGAAUGUAUUGAAGCGGCUAGCUGUGUAUCGUUUUUCGCCAGUGGUGAUUGCAAUAGAAACUUGUGGUUCGGAAUGAAAAACAAAACAAAAAAAAAACAAUUUUCUUAGGAUGUGUGUCACUGUAUAUACUGAAAGAUUUAGAAAAACCACCAUGAAUAAAUCAUUUGCACUUUUA